AGUAAUUUAUUUGUAAAAAAUUGAACUUGUCACAAAAUGAAGGGAAUAUUUGUCUUGUGUUGCGUUCUUGUCUUAUCGAGUGCAGAUAUGACACCCGAACAACGAACAAAAAUGUUCAACUUCCAAAACCAAUGUAUGCAAGAAACUGGAGCUACUGACGAAAUGAUCAUGAGAGCCUUUGGAGGUGAUUUUCCCGACACACCAGUUUUUAAGGAGCAUUUAGUGUGCGUGGGUAAGAAAGGUGGCGUAAUCGACGAACAAGGAAACUACCAUCAAGAAAUUCUAAAGAAAGGCUUGAUGAUGUUUGUCAAUGACGAGCCAAGGGUUGACGCCAUGUUGGAUAAGUGCCACGUAGUAAUGGAAACAACUCAAGACACUGCUUAUCAUAUGGCAAAGUGUUUGUAUGAAGAACAUUUUGGAAUGUAAUAUAUUUUAAGGCAAUCUUGUACUGUGUAAAUAUUAAUCUAAAAUAUAUGCUAUAUAAUAAGGUGUAUAAAAUGUAAAAUAUAGUUGAUGCA